AAGGACUCAUUUGACGAAGCCGACGACAUUGGCACAUCUUGUGCAGUAGUAAGAGUUCAUGCCGAACCUGACAGCACCACUUUGGUGCAGUGGGAGGGAAGUGUCUAUAGUCAGGGACCGUUGACACCGGGAGCAGCGAACGAUAUCCAG